CUCGAACAGUGAACAGCUAGCAAAAGCAAAAGGAAAUAAGUGAAUGAAAAGUAAACGUUGGUCUCCAUAGUAGUUAGUAUUAGGAAACCAGUUCAACAGCUGAUUGGGCCGACACAGUGACGAAAAAGUGCCAACUUUAAGUGCCUUAGUAUGCGAAGGCAGUGAAGUGUUAGGAGCAUUAAUCUCGCGACGCAAGGCCUUACUCGGAGUGUCGAAACGUUUUUCUUUGAGAGGUCAUUUAACUUAUAAGGUUCAGUCAGGCAUCUCUCGGCUAUUGCCAUGCGGGCGCUCUACGAAGAAAUAGCUUGCCUUGGUAUGCAUCCGUAGAAUCUUCAUUCAACAUCGCAAGUACCUAGUGUAUAGUGCCGACAGCAACCGACACGCUCAGCACCAAUCAGUGAAAACGUGAUUUCCAAUUCAGACUAAAGUGAGACUGAUUUGUUCGCGUCAUCACCCGGCAAGGCAAAUAACCACCGGCCCAUCCCACGAAAGUAUUAGCAAAUUCAAGCAACUAGCUACUGAGAGUGAUCUGAUUCGGUGUAUACAUAUAUAGCAAUGAAUACCAGUUGAAUUUAACAAUCGAAUUUUUGCAAUCAAGACCAAUCGAGAAGAAUUGGACCCACUGUGUGAGGGGUCAAAAGUGUAUAGAAUAUCAACAAGCUGAACGAGAAUAAGACAGGUUGCAGUGAGAACAAUCAAUCGUUUGAGUACUUAGUUUAGCAUAUUAGCUCCCGUUCACGAAGUGUGUAACAAUGGCCGCGAGUAAACUAUUUAGAAUUAUUUUUAUUCUGACAGCAUCUAUUGUCAGUAUAGACAGUGCCAAAAUUUUAGCAAUUUUCCCGGUGCCUUUCAAAGAACAUCAGCUUUUGUAUAGGCCAAUGAUCGAAUCUCUGGCCGAUAAGGGACACGAUAUUACGUUAUUAACUACGGAUCCAAUCGAUUUGCGGAAAACCGGAAAAGGAUCACUUACGCACAGGCUAGAGCAAAUUGAUUUGGGAUUUGUCUACAAUUUGCCCAUUCUAGAAGAUUUUCAUAAAGAUAACCUUGACGCCAGAGAUAUGCUGCAGAAUGUGUUCAAUGUGAUGAGAAAAAUUUCCGAAGCUGAAUUACAGCAUCCUCUAGUGCAGGACCUGAUUCUGGGCAAUGCCCGGUUCGACGUGGUUAUAGUCGAAUGGUCUGGAAUAAGCUUGAUGAAUGCAUUCGCCUAUCGUUUCAAUGCUCCGCUGGUCGGAGUUGCUAACGGCGGCGCAUAUAUCAAUGCCCACGAAGCGCUCGGAAAUCCUAACCAUCCGAUCGGAUAUCCGAGCAUUUUUAUGCCGUUCUCAGAAGACCUCAGCCUGCCGCAGCGGAUUUCCAGCGUACUUUUCACCAUCUGGUACCGUUUCUAUUACUACGCCAGAGAAAUCCCAAAGCAGAAUAUGAUCGCCAGCGCAAUAUUCGGCCCGGAAGUACCGGAUCUGUUCGAGAUCGAACGGCAAGCUGAUCUACUUCUGAUUAAUUGCUAUCAAGCGCUCGGUAAUGUACGCCCUGUGGGACCAACGACCGUGUAUCUCGGGGGGAUUCAUCAGAAUCACAAUGUAGCCGAGGAAAUGCCAUAUGACCUAUACCAGUUCCUGGAGCAAUCACCGGAACCAAUCGUGUAUGUUAACCUUGACCCCGCUGCCGAUGAAUGGAGACAGGAUAAAAUCGUUAAAGCACUGGAAAAACUGGAUGCUACCGUCGUUUGGAACUGGAAUAGUGGCCAAUUUAUCAACACCACGUCGAGAAUUUAUCAGUCGUUUAAUUUGCAGCAGGAGCAGAUUCUCGCUCAUCCGAAGGUCAAACUAUUCAUCACUAGCGGCGGUCAACGGAACAUUGAGGACGCAAUCCACAAUCGCGUUCCGGUUUUCGGUAUCAGCCAUUCGAGCUCGCCUGAACACUAUCUACGUCAGGUUGCCAAAUAUGAGAUCGGAAUUAUCUCGUUGAUUGACUUCGAAACGCAGGCGACAAUCGUCGAAAAAUUGCAGGAUGCCUUUCUAACAGAUGUUUACCAAUCAAACAUAGACCAGCUCAACCGCAUGCUCGCGGACCAGCCGAUGAGCUCGCUUGACCGCGCAGUCUGGUGGAUUGAAUACGUUGUGCGCCACGGUGGUACUAGGCACCUGCGUGCACCGCAACUCUCGUGGUUCCAGUACUUGAUGCUAGAUGUCACACUGAUGGUUGCCGUCCUAGCUACCGUGGCGAUCUGGCUGAUUACCUAUCUACUUAGUCGUGCCAUACGUUACUCCAAGAGUUUGCCGUUCGAAAUGGUAACGCGUGGCAGCAGAAAAUGCAAACUCACCUGAGCCAAACGUGAGCGGGAGAAUGUGAAAGCAGCAUGUUUUCUUGGGUAACUAACUGCCCAGCUGUUUGGGAGCUUUAAAUAGCUCUAGGCGUAUAUUACGUGUUUCUUCGGACAACGGGUUAAACUCCACUCCCUCUGUUUGUACAUAAUUGAAAAGAACACCAAAAAUGUAUAAGUGUAGAUUUCAAUAAGCGACAUCCUUCGUACUGUUAGUGUAAGAAAUUAGUAAUAUGUCUUAUCUUACAGGUAUUUAAGUAUACCAAAUGUGAUAUUAGAAUUACGACAACAACGUAUAACAAUGCAAUAAUAAAUUACUAAUCGCCGCGUAAAUGAAAUUUAUUUAUUUCGUCCUUCUAAAACACAGUAAGUUUAAUUUUUGUCAUGGUUAGAAAAAAGUAUGAAGGUUUGUACUUAGGGCCACGAACGUU